AUGGCAAACAAAGAUGGUGAAUGCGGGGAAGAUCAUGCACAUGAAAUUAUGGAAGAUGUUGAUACUGUAUUAAGCAAGACCCCAAUUUUAAGUAGAGUUUUUGAGACAUCAGAAGAUACUUAUGUUUUUAUGAUGCUUAUGCAAAAGCAAGGUGUCAAGAGACUACAUGAUAAAAGAGCUGGUGUUGAUAAUGUCAAAAGGCAAAGGGAUACAAGGACUAAUUGUUUGGCAAUGUUACAAGUAAGGUUAGUGGAUAACCUAUGGAAAGUGGAGAAAUUCAAUGAUAUACACAAUCAUCCAUUAAUUAACACUCCAACAAAGGUGAAGAAGUUUCUUUCUCAGAAUGAAUUGAGAUGCUCAAAUUUGACAAAAUCUGUUGUUUCUAAGCUAUAUCAAGAGGGUUUAAGAUCUUCAAAAAUCUCAAAGGUUGUGAGCGCUAUGAACAAAGAGGUUAAUCUUACUCCCGUUCAAAUCAAUAGUAUUAUAUCUAGCCAGCGAAAGAAUAAUGUGUGGCGAGAAUGUCAGGGCAUCAUCAAACACUUUCAAAAGAAGUCCAUGGUUAAUGGAACUUUUUAUUUUGAUAUGGAUUUGGCAGAAGAUGGAACAUUAAGAAGCGUAUUCUGGGUAGAUUGUAGGUCAAGAACUUCAUAUGCUCAUUUUGGUGAAGUCUUUGUCUUUGAUGUGACUUACAAAAUAAACAAGUUCAGGUUUCCUAUUGCUCUUUUUGUGGGGGUUAAUCACCAUGGGCAGACAAUUUUAUUUGCUGCCGCUUUGUUAGAAGAUGAAACGGAGGCAACAUUUACGUGGUUCUUUGAACAAUUUCGGACAUUUAUGUUUGACAAGUCUCCUGUUGCUAUUAUCACUGAUCAAGAUAAAGCUAUGGGAAAAGCAAUAGCCAAGAUAUUUCCAGGAGCACGACAUCGUUUUUGCGCUUGGCAUAUAAAGAAACAUGUUGUGGAGCAUAGUCAAGCACUGCGUGCACAAUUUAAGGAUAGUUUUGAUGUUGACUUCCGUGCAUGGUAUAAAAGUCGAAACAUUGAUGAGUUUAGAGGCAAAUGGGAAGUAUCGAGGACUAAAUUUGAUAUUAAAAUAGGUAGUUGGUUGGCUAACAUGUAUGCUUCAUGUCAUCAUUGGGCAAAAACAUACUUGAAAGAUAUAUUUUUGCUGGAAUGA